AUGUUGCGGUUCAAGAUCCCGAACAAGAUGCACGUGAUUGGUUUCCAGCAGGUGAUCCUUUCUUGCCUCCUUCCCUCGUUGCUCUACAAGGCGGUGGUCGAGAUGCCAGGUGCAGAUGGCGGUGCGCUCUUGUUCCGCUACGCGGCGAUCGCCCUGCUAUUCAGCUUCUUCCUCGCGGCUUGCUUUUUCUCGGUGCUGAAGAUCACGGGCUUUCCAGCCGCACUUCGCGAACAGCACACUCUGGCGAUGAUGUUCCCCAGCCUGGCCCCUGGGCUCACGUCCCUGCCCUUCGUCGAGGUCGUCGUCGCGAGCAUCCCUCCGGGCGCCAUCGGCGCUGGUCACGUGGGCCUGGCCGACCUCGGCGUGAAGGUCUUCGUGCUGUUCCUGCUCUACCUCGCCGCCGUGGCCCUGUCGAGCCGCACGGCCCGGCGAGGCGCGACGCCCCUGCGGUCCUGGCACCACGGCCGCCGGAGCGCCGCGGGUGCGGCGGACGUCGUGGACGGCAGCCUCGGCGGCAGCGGCCAUGGCACGCUUCUGGAGCUCCUGCGGGGCUACUUCAGGGAGCCGGUCUCCGUGGCCUCCCUGCUGGCCUUCGGGCUCCUCACGCUCGGCCCGGUGAGGUUGCGCGACCAGGGGGUCUGGGGGGAGGCCGUCGGUCGUUUGGCCACGUGCUGCACGCCAUCGAUAUUUCUUCUCAUCGGCGUGAAGCUGGAGCGCCCCCAGAGUCGGCAUGCUGGGCUCUUCGCUCUGAUGGUGGCGAGGAGUGGCUUUGCCUUCCUCUUCGUGUGGGUCUUGAACGGGGUGCUCGGGCUGGGCAGGGCGGAGCUCAUGCUCUGGCUCUUCUUCUGCAACUCCGCGGUCAGCUUCUGGCCCUAUACCCAUAUCGUCGGCGUGACCCAGCGGGAGGAGAAGGCGUGUCUCGGUCACUUGCGCGGCCGCCUCCUUGCACUGGAGCGUCAGUUUGCCCAGCGAACGAGCGACUGCCCCAGCGAGGCUGGGAAUGCCACCAGGGGCGGCGCAUCCAAAGCGGGGCACAGCAAUCAAAAUGAGCCGCGGGGUGCCGACAUCGUCAAGACGCUCCGUGACCUUCGGCAGCACGUGGAGGGGCAUCCCGGCGAGCUCUCCGAGGCGCUGCAGAUGUGCCGCGACAGGCUCGCCGAGGACCCCGAAGUGGUGGAGAGUCUGGACCUGCCCGCUCUCGGCGAGGCGCUCUUGACCUUCGACCUUCCACUGGCCGUGAUGACCGUGACCGUCUCGUCCAUCUGGACCGUUACCCUCCUCGCGGCCAUGUCUCUGACCCCCGAGGCCUUCUGGCGGACCGACUACUCCAUCCCCGCGGUGGGCGCAGGGUUUGUGUUGAUUGGCACCUCCGAGCUCUUCCGGCGGCGCUGCGACAAGAACGGAGGGCGUCGGUCCAGCAUCAUCUCGGAGUCGCCCUCGUUGGACCCGAUGACCGCGCUCGAGGCCGAGGAGAAUCUGCCCAGACGUGUGUCGAUCGGCUCCACCGCGUCGCGCGUGGGCAGCGACGGUGGCGACGGUGGAAAACGUAGUGGGGAGUCCACCUCGGGUCUGGGGGAAGUUGUCGACAUCGCAGACGAGCGCAGCACUGAUGCGAUCAACGCCUGCACAUCCGCGUGA